AUGGAUCAAGCAGACAUACCGGCGCUGCUGGCGCGCAUGGCCAGCGACGAAGAUGCGUCGCGCAAAAUGGCAGUGUUUAAACUGCAAAACUCGAUUAACGAUCCCGCUUUCGCAGACGUUUUCAUUUCCUCUGGCGGUCUUGUCGUCCUUCGUCGACUUGUCAUGACAUCUGCUGGCAACACGCUCGCUUACUCUCUCCAAAGUCUAACACGGCUGCUAGAAGUCGAUAUGGGAUGGGAUAUCUUCGAAGGCCCAACAUCUAGCGACCUCGUCGAGCGCGUCGUCGAAUUGAUCGUUACAAACCCCCUGGUCAAUAUCUUGAGAGGCGCCAUGUCAAUCCUGGUCGCUCUUGUCGGCCAUUCUCAGUCCACUCACCAAAGUGGUACCACGGACCGAGCUCCUGUAACCUUUGGGUUCCGUGCCUUGAAGCCAGCCGUCGCUGUGUACCCGCAAUUCUUCGAGUUGGUCAUACAGCAGUUGCAGAGCGCCGACCAUGCUUUGUGUGCCAACGCUCUCAUGUUGAUCAACGCCUUGAUCAGGGACGCCGUGUCAGACGAUAGUACAAUGAAUGGCGGGAAGGCGAAUGCUGGUUCGGGAGAGGACUGGGCGAAGUUUAUCAAACGACUGCACGACCUGGGUCUGAUCAAGGCUGUCCACAGGCUCAUGCAGAGCUCUGCACUCCAAGAUCUAGCGCAUCCCAUGUUGGAGUUCCAGACACUAACCAAGAUAUUAUUGAGGAAGUGGCGAGAGGUCGAUGUUGACCUGGAGAGACCCGAGCAUCGAAGAGCCCUCAAAGGACUUCAUCUAGCGAGCGCACCGGAGCGAGUCCCUGUAAACGGUCAUUCUCCGGGGCAGGACUCGCACGAGGCACCGACGAAGAAAGGAAGUAGGCGACACAAUCCGGAGAAAUGGAGGAGACUAGGAUUCGAGACCGAGAGCCCUGCGCAAGAGUUCGACAUGACCGGCUUCCUGGGCAUGAUGGACUUGACUGACUACGUGCGCAAGAAUGAAGAUGGAUUCCAAAAGAUGCUGCUCGAGCAAGCGGGAAAACCUGCAUGUGGACGAUGCCCUGUCGCUAGGGCCAGUUUUGCUGUUACCAUGAUCUUGUACGACCAUUUCGACGUUGACAAGACGGAUCUGGAUGAUGUCAGGAGUUACCAACUGUUGGAAUCCAAGGACCACGACAGACUAUUCAAACCCCUGCUGCUUCAGUGGUCUCGGCUACAUACCGCAGGCCUGCAUGCCUUUUUCCGGGUCUGGAAACUCACCGGCGCUGAACAAGGCGAUUUCGAAAAGGUAGCCGAACUGGUUAGGAUUCUGGUCGACUCAGUCGUUGGAGCCUCCCGAAGAACAAAGGAUGUGGCUGAAGUGGAAGAGGAAAUGCAGGAGUAUGACGUACCACGACUACGAGAUCAGCAAAUGGGUCUUUUGGAAAUGUCAUUUGAGAAUACCUGGGGUCAGCAUCUACAGCAAGUGAGAGAAGAGCUGAAACAGGAGGCUUUGCAGUUCGUCAAGGAGCAGCGAAUUCGAUGCCUUCUCCAAGGGUCUUGGUUCUCGAAACCUACGCCAAAGCGAGAUAACAACAGCCAAGUCAAACAUCGACUGUUUACACCUACGCCCUGGCGAUAUGCCAAGCUAUCUCACAAUCGCCGAUACUUACACUACGCGGAUUUCGAAGAGAGGACAGUAUCGGGCCCUGGACUGGAUGCACUCGCCGAAAAGGUUGAUCUCAGCACCAUCAGCUCCGUUGUUUCCAACGUAUCUGCGCCCACCGAAGACACGCGAAGUACCUUUAGCGACAUGAUGGGCAAGGAUACUGCCCCAAAGACAACUACCAAGAUUACUAUCUACAGUUUCGUGAACCCCGCCGAGGCAUCGCGGGGAGCGGAAGCUAAGGAGCAGCCAAUUUUGACGCUAUGGCCGUUGAGCCAUAGCCUGGCCUCAGAGUGGCUGGAUGGUCUUUUGAUGCUAUUAAACCAGACUCCCAUCACGGCAGAAACCAACAAGCUGGUUAGCCUAGUGAGCGAGUACGGGCUCAAGAUCCGGCUGUUGAAUGUGCGGAUGGACUCGGCCUUUGAGGGUCCGGAGCCCGGAGCUGGAGUGAUUCCGAGCCGGGAGGGUCUGGAUGAUGAUUACUUUUUUGAAGUCUGA